GCACAAGUCUGUCAAAGUUGUCAAAAGUGCCUUUUCAAAAGUUGUUUGUGUGAUAAUAAUAAUAAUAAUGCAUGAUAAUUUUGUGAUACCUUUAUUAAAUAUGUUGUUUGAUGAUUCGUACCAUGAAUAAGAAGCAUGGUUGUGUAAAUUCGGUCUUUUAAUAUUUUUUCUGUCGAUGGUUAGGAAACAUGUUCGAACCAUGAAUUUCUCCCAACCCCAAAGUGGCACCAUGAAAGCUACUACCAAAAGCAAACUGCUUCAAAACACUGGUGACAAAGUCCCGGUCUUGCCACUGAAGAAAUAUAACACAGGAACAAAAAACGAAGACAACGAUUCCCCCACUCGCGCAAGCACAUCACUCAAAAGAUUAAACUCUAAAGACCUUAACACCGUCGACAAAAAAUUCAAAAUCGAGCAAAACCCCCUAGAAGACGCUCUUUUUGACGAUAUCAACCUAACCCAGAUCAUAAUGGCCACUGAAAAGUCCGUCUCCACUAGCAUCCGUUCCAAAUCCCCAGACGACCCCUUCAACGAUACCAUAGAAACCACCCCCAGUCAAUUAUCCCAAUUAUUCGAAGACACUUCACUCAAAAUCGAACCCGAAAAACGCGAAAAGUCCACCCUCCUCCAGAAAAUCAAAUCGGAGAACCUGGGGGACCUCCUCAACGAGAGCAACCGAGGCGAAGUCGAGGACUUCUUCAACCGAAUCGAACACUCGGUGAGCAGUCUCGGCACCGAGGCCGAAAACGACGAAAACAUUACGAAAAUUUUGGAGAAUUUGUUCGCCACUCAGAACGUGAGUUUGGAUAAGAGUGUGCGUGAAGCGACCCAGAAAGACGUUUCUGUGUCUUCUAUUAACGCCAGUUUUGUGAGCGCGUUGAAGCAGGUGUUUUUGGCGAACAUGUCCAGGGAUAAAGUUCCCGCGAAAAUUUCAAACGAGACGGUGGUGCAUGAUGGGGGUGUUAGGUUCGUGGAAGCGGGACCCUUCUAUGGGUUACCGUUGAGAGUCAAGGAACUUAUAAUGAUGUAUAAAGGAAUCGAGGAGUUGUAUGACUGGCAAGACGAGUGUUUGAAUCUUCCUGCAGUUAAGAAUCGCAGAAAUUUGAUCUACGCGUUGCCAACUAGUGGGGGGAAGACUCUAGUGGCUGAGAUUUUGAUGUUGAGGGAGGUGAUUUGUUAUAAAAGGAACACCCUGUUUAUUUUACCGUAUGUGGCGAUAGUACAGGAGAAGGUGUGGGGGUUGUCACCCUUUGCCGUCGCUCUAGAUUUCUUAGUCGAAGAAUAUGCGGCCAGUAAGGGUGUUUACCCCCCUCGUAAACGCCGCCGCAAAAAUUCCAUAUACAUAGCCACUAUUGAAAAAGCCUUAGGUUUAUUGAACAGUCUCAUAGAAACCGGAAGAAUAAACGAAAUCGGUCUUAUAGUAGUAGAUGAGUUGCAUCUAGUGGGAGAGCAAGGCAGAGGCUCCACUCUGGAAGCCCUCCUCACGAAGAUGAUGUUCAUUAAAGCUGACGUACAAAUCGUCGGGAUGAGUGCAACUAUAGGAAACGUUGAAGAUUUAUGUACUUUUCUGGACGCCGAAAUCUACACUCAAAAUUUCAGGCCCGUCGAAUUGACCGAGUACGUCAAGUGCGGCCCUGAAAUCGCCAAAAUCAGCUACAACAAAAAGGACGAGUUGUUGAAAGUGGUGAGGAGGAUCGACGACAGCAAGUUUCCGGCUAGCGUCAACAGCGUCGAUCCUGACAAACUGGGCGCCUUAGUCAAGGAAGUGAUCCCUCAGGACUCCUGUCUCAUUUUUUGUGCUUCAAAGAAGAAUUGCGAAAACGUGGCGUAUUUGUUGUCCCGAUUGGUGGAUAAGAAGUUGCUGGACCACAAAAAAGAGGAAAAGGAGCAAAUUAAGUACGCGUUGAGGGACGAAGGAGGGGCUUUGUGUAAAAUAUUUAGCGUGUCGAUUCAGCUGGGUAUUGCGUACCACCACUCAGGUUUAACCAACGAGGAGCGCAAGGUUAUAGAAGACGCCUUUCGAGCAGGAAUCAUUUCUGUUAUUUGUUGCACUUCGACUUUAGCAGCGGGGGUGAAUUUACCAGCUAAGAGGGUUAUUUUGAGGCAGCCUUACGUCGGUAGGGACUUUAUAAGUCUGUCGAAGUAUAAACAAAUGGUGGGACGGGCUGGCAGGGCCGGACUAGGCGAAACAGGAGACAGUAUUUUAAUUUGUAGUUGCACGGAUUUGCCUAAAGUUAAAAAAUUGCUGCAGUCACCUAUGGACGAAGCGCUAUCCAGCAUGCACGAAAACACAGGAAGAGGGUUAAGACACCUACUUCUGAGUUGUAUAAGUCUGGGGAUUGCAACAACUAGAGCGGAGUUGCAAGCGGUCUCAAAAUGCAGCUUGUUGAAUAUACAGAGUGAGCGUUUAAGUGUCAACUUGAAAAAGUUAACUGACAAAGUACUGAGCGAUUUGUUUAAACUGGGUGCGCUACAAGAAGCGGAUUUGUCGAAGUCGGAGAAUCACAUCAGUUGUGACGUCACAGUUAAAAUGGACACCUCGGGGAAUUCCAGUUUCUGUGACACUUUGGAGCAACUUACUACUAAAAAAAGAAAAAUUGUUCUGAAAAGUGAUAGUAAAUUAGUUAUAAGUAAGCUAGGUUGCGCGGCCAUCAAAGGGAAUUUUGAGUUGUCAAGGGCACACUUACUGUACGACGAUCUUUACGAAGCGCAGAAGAAUCUCGUGUUACUAGAUUGUCUACAUUUGUUGUUUCUAGUCACCCCGUAUGACCUCGCUGAACAAAUUAAACCAAAUAAGAACGACUACUACAAUAUCUAUUGUAAACUUGGCCCGAACGAGCUUCACACUGCGCGAAUUCUGGGUAUAGACGACGCCGUAGCCAUGAAACUAUUGGCCAAUCAACCAAUCAAAAACGUUUCUGAACGCAUCUUAAACCGAUUUUAUUUAACUUUGAUGUUGUACGACCUAUGGAACGAAAAACCCGUGUUUGAGGUUUCCGAAAAAUUCCAAAUUAAUCGAGGGAUCGUGCAAAAUCUAAUCACCAGUGCUGCCACUUUUGCGUCCAACGUUGUACAUUUUUGUGAGGAGUUGGAGGAGUUUUGGACUUUCGCUAGUCUUCUCAAAGGUAUGAACCAAAGGUUGUCGCACUGUUGUGUCAGGGAGUUGCUGCCGUUGAUGGAGUUACCGGCUGUCAAACAGAGUCGGGCGAGGCAGCUAUUCAACGCCGGGUAUAAAAGCAUCCGGAGUAUAGCGGCAGCAAGUGUGGAAAGUCUAGUGGAAAAUAUAGAGCACAUGCCGAGGAGAGUCGCUAAACAAAUGAUCGCGGCUGCUAAGAUGUUGCUUCUGGAGAAAGUGGAAAACUUGAGGGAGGAAGCAGAGGAUGUGCUCGACGGUGUCGAAAAUCCGAAACCGUUCUUCAACCAUGUUCGUCAAUAUGUUACGAAUUUUGAGCACCACCGGCCGCAAGCCCCACCGUUGCCCCUUCUCCACAUCGCUCAUACUCUACAAAGGCCCCAUGGCGGCAAUCAACGAAAAAAUCGACUCCGGCACCCUCUUCCGCGACGAGCUCCAGCUCAAACCGCAAGAGAGCCCCAAAAGGUCUGUACAUCUACGGAGCCGUGGGGGGCGGCAAAACCAUGCUGAUGGACCUAUUCUACCAGACCUGUGAUAUUGAGAAAAAAUCUCGAGUUCAUUUCAACGAAUUCAUGGUGGACGUGCACCAGAAAAUCCACGAAACGAAAAA